UGCCAGACGGCCACGCGCCGGGAGGCCGAAGUAAGGUCACGGAAACGAACUGCGCACUCGCGCGCUGCUCAACCUCACACUUUUUUCGCAGGCUUCGCCCGCCCGUGUAGGCGCACAUGCGCAGUGGCGCGCGGUGAUCUCGCUCCGCCUACGCUGCGUGCGUUGGGCGGUCCGACGGGUGAUGACGCAGCGCGUGGUGGCGGUUUGAAAGCCUGGCGCGACAGAGCCCCCGCGCUACUCUGCAGCGAUGUCGCUGGUGAAGCCUUUCGACAAACUCCCGACGCUCAACUCGGCCACUAUCUUGUUGGUGGGCACGGAUGAAAGUCAGCAGCAGCAGCUAGCAGAGGCAAUUCUUAAGGAGAAAAAAACCUUCAAGAUAAAUAUCCACGUGGCGACCUCCCUCCCUUUACCUGCUGAGAGAGAUCAUAUCCGGCCCCGGAUUGAUCUGAUUGCCUUUAUGAUUAACAUGCAAAGCAAACACAGUCUUAGGAAUGUUGAAGCUUCACUAUCACACAUGGAUGCCAACUUCUUCCUUGGGAAAGUGUGCUUCCUCAUCACAGGUGUUGGUAGGAUGAAUCACUGCAGCGUAGAGAUGAAUGCUGUCCGGAAACUGGGAAACCUCUACUGCAGCCCUGUCCUAUUCUGUGAGCUGGAUUCUGAAGGAAUCAGAGUUGCCACAGCUCAGCGGCUGCUCCGGAUGUUGCAGAUCUGCGCUGGUCACGUGCCGGGGGUUUCGGCCCUCUUCUUCAGUUCUUUGAUGAAAAGCUCCAUUGAUGAGUAACCUUGACGUAAAUCCAUUGUCAUUCUUCCUGUCCACACUCUUCGAUCCUGUUUCAAUCUGCAGAAUUAGACGGAAAUGGGAAUUUUGUUGAGACCCUUUUUCUGUUGAUUUGUAAUGAGGCCAGCUCAUCCCAUGCUGCUGCUUGCUUUUGUUACCUUUACAGGAAAGGCUUGGUUCCUGUUUGGUGGGUGGUGGCUGGAGCCAUACUAAUGAAUCUCCUUUCAUUCCUAGGUCCCAGUUUGAAUUAACCCCGUUUUGUUAGUGACCAAGAGCUGUGUAGCCUUCUGAGAGCUGCAUGGGAAGUGGGAGAUGGCCAGGGUCCUUAGGUCAAUGUGUAUCCUAGCAGGUAGGUGUACUUCAGAGGCACAGCAGUCAUGGAGAGAAGUAUCAGAAGGCUGCUGCCUGCUCUCUGCCUAAUACCAAUGGACUAUUUCACCAGGGAGAAAAUAGUAAAUCAUUAGAAAGAGUUUUGCAGUAUUCAGAUUGAAAUAGGGCACUUCUCACUAAUGCAAAAAAUUCACUUACCCAUAAAGCCCCUUGAAGGAAGAAAGCCAGUUUAGCAGCCACCAUAUAUACAGCAGUUGGCAGUAAUGAACUAGCAGUUGAGGGAUAUGCAAAGAAAGAUUGCCUAGCCUUCUAAUCCCCAAAUAUCUAAGCAGAGAGGGAGGAGGGGCUUAAAGGAGAUAGCCCAGCAAUUUGGCGUUUUUUUUUUUUCUUUGAAAGAAUGGUCAUCUUUUGUUAUACAGCCCUAGCAAACUGCCUGGCAGGUAAACUCCCCCCACCUGACUAAUGAGUCUGACAGUCCUAUUCAGUGCUGUGUCACUGCAAGUCAAAAAGUCUCCACAGGACAGAGAAUAUCAGAGCAUCAGAGGAGGUGGGGCAGUGUUGAUAGUCCAGGUAUGUGUAUGGGGGCAUGGAUUUGCUCAGCGUGGUGGUGAAAGUGUGUCUAUUACACAGAAAAGUGCAGAAGUCACUCUUCAAUGAGUUUUAUUAUUCUAAAAGUAAAGAUCCACAAAAUGGUUCCUCUCUAACAAAGUUUGAUUUCAAAGGGCCUAACUUUCAGAAUUGCUGAGUGCCUCUGAAAGUCAGGUCCUUAAUCUGCAUUCCUCCAGCUUCCCUGGAUCUUGUGCCAUCUCUGCUCUUUCUUCAUGGGUGGAAAGGUGUAAUGUGGCUAACCUGGCUAUAAACAUGCUGCAUAAUGUUUUUCUUACAGAUUGGACAUGCCUAUACAUUUGCACUGUGCCUAUAAACCCCAAAGUCAGACUAUACUUGUCAAGACACAAAUACCAGUAAUUGUACUGGGAAUAUACCAUGAAUCUGAUACUAUGUGCUGGAAUAUUAAGUUAAUAAAAUGUGUAAUAUCUAAAAACUA